CUGAACUGUAGCGGAGGCGGAAGUGCGGCUCCGCACGGGCAAGAUGGCGGCGCCCAGGGCUUCCUCGUUCGAGUAGGUGGCUGGCUGCAAGUGAUUCAAGCGGAGAACGCAGGAUCAAGGGGUUAAUGAGAGAGUUUCCACAGCAAGAAGGACUGGAAGGAGUCAUACAGAGGUCACAGCCUUAGUGUCACAAUGCUGUCCAGACCAAAGCCUGGAGAGUCUGAGGUGGACCUACUGCGCUUCCAGAGUCAGUUCCUCGAGGCGGGUGCGGCUCCAGCGGUACAGCUGGUGAAAGGAAGUAGGAGACAUGGUGAUGUUCACCCAGACCAGCUCCCACCGCAGGACCGUCGGGAUGUGGUGAUGCUGGACAAUCUCCCAGAUGUGCCCCCAGCUCUGGUGCCCGCUCCUGCAAAGAGAGCUAGACCCAGCCCUGGCCAUGCCCUGCCUCAUGAUGAAGACCCUGAGGAGAGGCUGAGUAGGCACGAUCAGCACAUCACCGCGGUUCUGUCUAAAAUUAUUGAGCGGGAUACAAGUUCAGUCACUGUGACUCUGCCUGUGUCCAGUGGUGUCCCUUUCCCCGCUGUGUUCCAUCGCUCAAAGGAGAGACAGGGGAAAUUGGGAGCAUCGGGUAAGAGGAGCAUCUUCGCCCAAGAGAUUGCAGCAAGGAGGGCAGCUGAAAACCGGGUCUCAGCAGCUGGGGAAGACCCACCAGAGGGUGCUGUGCCCUCCGAGACACCGUCCUCUAGGGACGAAGGCAGCCAGUUUCCACGGGGCAGCCAUGACUUCCACAGAUCGAAUCUGGUCACAGGGAAGGGGCUGAGGAGCCAGGCAGCCGAGCAGGAGGUCCAGACCAUACACGAAGAGAAUGUUGCAAGACUGCAAGCCAUGGCUCCCGAGGAGAUCCUGAAGGAGCAGCAGCAGUUACUGGCUCAGCUUGACCCCAGCUUGGUUGCCUUCUUGAGAUCUCAUAGCCAUGCCUUGGAGCAAGCAGGAACCAAGGACCCCAAGGAGCAGAGCCCAGAAAGACCCACAGUUCCAAUCGCUAAAGAAGAGCCCAUCAUGUCAGCAUCUACCAGUGAGCCCAUGGAGGAGGACAAGCUGGAGCCCAGAGCCCCAGCACUGAAACUACCCGUGACCCCCCACAAAGAGUGGCUCCAUAUGGACACUGUUGAGCUGGAGAAGCUCCACUGGACCCAGGACCUGCCCCCGCUCCGACGGCAGCAGACUCAGGAGAGAAUGCAGGCCCGAUUCAGCCUUCAAGGAGAGCUCCUGGCACCUGACGUGGACCUGCCCACCCACCUGGGCCUGCACCACCAUGGAGAAGAGGCAGAGCGAGCAGGGUACUCUCUCCAGGAGCUGUUCCAUCUGACCCGCAGCCAGGUGUCCCAGCAGAGAGCCCUAGCACUGCAGGUGUUGUCCCAGAUCAUCGGCAGGGCCCAGGCUGGUGAGUUUGGAGACUGCCUAGUGGGCAGUAUCUUGCGCCUCCUCUUGGAUGCUGGUUUCCUCUUCCUGCUUCGCUUCUCUCUGGAUGACAGGGUAGACGGUGUCAUCGCAGCAGCCGUCCGGGCUCUUCGCACCCUGCUAGUAGCUCCUGGAGAUGAGGAGCUCCUUGACAGCACCUUCUCCUGGUACCAUGGAGCUUCGGUGUUCCCUCUGAUGCCCAGCCAGGAGGACAAAGACGAUGAAGGUGAGGACGAAGAACCCACAACCAAAAAGGUGAAGAAGAAGGCCCCUGAGGAAGAAAGCCGCCCUCCCCCUGACCUGGCCAGACACGAUGUCAUCAAGGGGCUUCUGGCUACCAACCUGCUGCCUCGGCUGCGCUAUGUGCUGGAGGUGACCUGCCCAGGGCCCUCUGUGGUCCUUGACAUCCUGGCUGUGCUUAUCCGCUUGGCCCGGCAUUCCCUGGAGUCAGCCACGAGGGUCCUAGAGUGUCCUCGGCUAAUAGAGACCAUAGUUCAAGAAUUCCUGCCUACCAGUUGGUCCCCCAUGGGGGUGGGGCCUACUUCCAGUCUACACAAAGUGCCCUGUGCUGCUGCCAUGAAACUGCUUAGAGUCCUGGCCUCAGCUGGGAAGAAUAUUGCUGCCCGACUGUUCAGCAGCUUUGACUUCAGGAGCCGUCUGAGCCGGUUCAUAGCCGAAGCUCCACAAGAACUGGCCUUGCCAGCUGAGGAAGCAGAGAUGCUGAGCACUGAGGCCUUCCGUCUGUGGGCUGUGGUCGCCUCCUACGGCCAAGGUGGCGACCUUUACAGGGAGCUGUACCCAGUGCUCAUGCGGACCUUGCAGACCCUGCCUACAGAGCUCAGCACCCAUCCCCCAAAGCCACUGUCCAUGCAGCGGAUUGCCUCUCUGCUCACUCUUCUUACCCAGCUGACCCUGGCAGCUAGCAGCACACAUCCUGAACCCAGCAGUGACUCUGCUGAGGCCUGCGUGUCGGCCAUCCCUUCUUCAGUCACCUGGGCGCAGGUAUCUGGACUUCAGCCACUGAUCGAGCCAUGUCUAAAGCAGACCCUAAAGUUCCUGCCGAGACCUGAUGUAUGGAAUGCCCUGGGUCCCGUGCCCAGUGCCUGCCUGCUCUUCCUGGGUGCCUACUACCAGUCCUGGAGCCAGCAGUCACAGCUGUGCCCAGAGGAUUGGCUUCAGGACAUGGAGCGCUUGCUGGAUGAGCUCUUGCUGCCUUUGCUGAGUCAGCCUUCUCUGGGCCGUCUGUGGGAGUCCUUGAGGCCAGAGCCGUCUCAGCAUCUCCGUUCUCCUUGCAGGCACUGCUCCCCGCUCUGCAACCCGCUGUCCUGUGCUCCUGCUCCUGAAGCUCUCCCCAGCCUUGUGUCCCUGGGCUGUGCUGGAGGUUGUCCCCCUCUCAGUAUAGCUGGCUCAACCUCACCCUUCCCAUUCCUCACUGCCCUCCUCUCUCUCCUCAACAUUCUGGUCCGGAUCCACAAGGGGCUUUGUGGACAGCUGGCUGCUGUGCUGACUGCCCCAGGACUCCAGAACUACUUUCUCCAGUGUGUGGCUCCUGUGCCUGCCCCACAGCUCACACCCUUCUCUGCCUGGGCCCUGCGCCACGAGUACCACCUGCAGUACCUGGUGCUCUCGCUAGCCCAAAAAGCGGCAACACUGCAGCCACAGCCAGCCACCAGUACUGCCCUACACCAUACCAUAGCCUUGGCCCUGCUGAGCCGGCUGCUGCCUGGAAGUGAAUACCUUGCCCAAGAACUGUUGCUGAGCUGUGUGUUCCGGCUGGAGUUCCUACCGGAGAAUGCGUCAGGGGGUCCAGAGGCAGCUGACUUCUCUGAUGGACUGUCCUUAAGGAACAGUGGGGACCCUCAGUGUAAACGAGGUGCUCUCCUAGUUCAAGCUUGCCAGGAUCUCCCCAGCAUCCGCAGCUGCUACCUGGCCCAUUGUUCACCAGCCAGAGCCAGCCUGCUGACCUCCCAAGCCUUAUACCGCGGGGAGUUACUGCGAGUUUCAAGCCUGCUACUGCCUGUACCUAAGGAGCCCCUGCUGCCCACUGACUGGCCCUUCCAGCCAUUGAUCCAUCUCUACCAUCGGGCUUCAGAUGCUCCCUCUGGGCUCCCUGCUGCUGACACCGUAGGCAUCGCCAUGCGGGUCCUACAGUGGGUGCUGGUUCUGGAGAGCUGGCGCCCUGAGGCCCUCUGCGCUGUGCCUCCUGGUGCCCGCCUGGCACGGCUCAUGUGUGUGUUCCUGGUAGACAGCGAGCUAUUCCGAGAGACUCCUGUACAGCAUCUGGUGGUAGCUCUUUUAGUGUGGCUCUGUCGGCCCCAAGUCCUGCCAAACCUCAACCUGGACUGCCCACUCCCUGGCCUGACGUCGUUUCCUGAUCUCUACGCCAGCUUCUUAGACCACUUUGAGGCUGUCUCUUUUGGGGACCACUUGUUUGGGGCUCUGGUCCUCCUUCCGCUGCAGCGUCGGUUCAGUGUCACCUUGCGCCUCUCCCUCUUUGGGGAGCACGUGGGGGUCUUGCGAGCCCUGGGCCUGCCACUGACUCAGCUGCCUGUGCCCUUGGAGUGCUUCACAGAGCCUGCCGAAGACAGCCUGCCUCUCCUUCAGCUCUAUUUCCGGGCCCUGGUUACUGGCGCACUCCGUCCACACUGGUGCCCUGUCCUCUACGCUGUAUCUGUGGCUCAUGUCAACAGUUUCAUCUUCUCCCAAGACCCAAAGAGCUCAGAUGAGGUGAAGGCUUCCCGGAGGAAUAUGCUGCAGAAAACGUGGCUGCUGGCAGAUGAGGGUCUGCGGCAGCAUCUCCUCCACUAUAAGCUUCCCAACUCCAGCCUCCCAGAGGGCUUUGAGCUGUAUUCCCAGUUGCCUCGCCUGAGACAGCAGUACCUUCAGACAUUGCCCACAGAGGUGCUCCAGAAUGGAGGAUUAAAGACGUAAGGCACUUGGUACCAGCUAGAGAUGGAUGUAUUCUUCUGGGACUUGACACUGGAAGUCUGCUCUUACAGAAGAACGUCAUUUCAUGAGGGAAAGUGGGGGACAAGGGAACACACGGCUUGCCUUCCUGCGAGCACAUUGUUUGAACCUUUUUUAGAAACAGAAGGAAUGCUUAUUACACCCCAAUACUGGAACUCAGGAUCUGGGACCUCUGAGGGCUCUGCUAGGAACGGAGGGUGACUUAGCUAUUUACCCCACUGAGGGCACAGAACAGACUGAGUCCCCUCUCCUCCUCCAGGGUGUAUCAUUGCUGUACUACCCAUUGAAAUAAAUUCUUUUCUAGUCUA